AUGACCGGUUUGUGCAAAUCACAGUGGGAGAAAGCUAGUAAUCGUACGUCAGGAAGUUAUGAGUAUAUCGACAUUAAUGUGGCCGGUAAUCGCUACAUUAUUGAGGUUUCAUUAGCUGGGGAAUUUGAAAUCGCUCGAGCAACGCCUUGUUACACCUCAUUGCUCAAAAUUUUCCCUCAAGUUUUUGUUGGCAAAAUAGAAGAGUUGAAGCAAGUGGUGAAAAUUAUGAGUAGAGCCAUGAAGAAAUCUAUGAAAAAAAUGGAUAUUUAUGUGCCACCAUGGAGAAGACUUGCUUAUAUGCAAGCUAAAUGGUUUGGAUCUUAUAAGAGAACAACAAAUGAGUUUAAAACAAAUGAAAAUUAUGAAAAGAGUACUUUUGAUUCUUCUUCAAAGAAGAGAGCUGUUGGAUUUGUGCCAAUGCCAACAAUUUCUUUCUAUUGCAGAGAGAAUAUUAUUGCUUCUAAUAGUGGCAUUAAAAUGGGAAAUUUAGCUGCAGCUUUGAAUGGAUAA